UAUUAUCAAUAUAGUAUUAACGUAGCAACACAAGUUUUUUUUAUAAGUUAUUUAAUGCUAGACUUUAAACGGUAAAUGACAAUCAUGGCAUUGUCCAAACUCCAAACAUAUUCUCAUUUUUUUUUUGGUAGGCAACAUAUUCUCAUUUUUAUAUGCAAGCAAUUUGUUUUUUAUUCACAUUUUACCAGGGAAGUACAAAGACUAGAGAGGAAAUAUAUAAUUUAUUAGAAUUUGCUCUCUGCAAUUGUAACAGUGAAUCGACAUAAUCUUCCACAUUAUCUGUAUUCUAAAUUCUAAAUAUCUAUAGAAUUGAUACAUAAUCUUCCACUUCAUCAGUAUUCUAAAGAAUUGCAAAAUGUUUACCAGGUUUGUCUUUAUCUCUGGUUUUUUGUCAUCAAUUACAACCCUGACAGUAUUUUUGCAUAUACUAACAGAGAUAAAUAUGAUUAACAUUUUUUUAAUUUUACAAAUCAUUUUAAAAUAUUGUUAAUACAAUUUAUGCACCUUGUCUCUUUUGGAUAUUCUCUUUUGGCAACACUAACAUUUACUCCAAAGGAGUGGACACAAACAUACUACAAUUUUCAAUUCUCUCUGUCUCUCUAAUGCCUUGUCUCUUCUAGUUUUCCUAUAUCUCCCUUUCAUUUUGAAAAAUAAUCAAGUUCCAUAUAUAUUCAUUUUUUAUUUUCUCCAAUAAUUGUAAUUGUAACUUAGCAGAAUCACAAUUUCAGAAGGGCAUGACAUUCAAUGGCUACCUAUAUCUCCUCUACCUUGGUCUCUUGACUCUUAUUAUUAGCUCCUCUGUUCUAAUGAUGGCUGCAGCUGUUACUGAUCCUACUACACUUGUUGACCAUACUUCUCUAAACCGUAGCAAUUUUCCCAAAGGUUUCAUUUUUGGUACAGCAUCCUCCUCCUACCAGUAUGAAGGUGCUGCAAAUGAAGGUGGAAGAGGACAAAGUAUUUGGGAUAACUAUACUCAUAAAAAUCCAGAAAAAAUAUUGGAUAGAAGCAAUGGAGAUGUAGCUGUUGAUCAGUAUCAUCGAUAUAAGGACGAUGUUGCAAUCAUGAAGUAUAUGAAUACAGAUGCAUACAGAUUCUCCAUCUCUUGGCCAAGGAUAUUGCCAAAAGGAAAAGUAAGUGAAGGUAUAAACCAAGAAGGAAUCAAAUAUUACAACAACCUGAUCAAUGAGUUACUUAAUAACGGUCUGAUACCAUUUGUGACCCUUUUCCAUUGGGAUCUUCCCCAAGCCUUACAAGACGAGUACAAUGGCUUCUUGAGCCCCGAUAUUAUAAAUGAUUUUCAGGACUACGCCGAGAUAUGCUUCAAGGAAUUUGGAGACAGAGUGAAGCAUUGGAUUACUCUUAAUGAGCCACACUCUUAUAGUAUGGGUACAGAGCCCUACAUGGCCUCGCACAACCAACUCCUUGCUCAUGCUGCUGCUGUCAAACUUUAUAGAACCAAGUACCAGGAUUCUCAAAAUGGUUCAAUAGGCAUCACCUUAAAUUGUCACUGGUUUUUGCCGUUCUCAAAUGACACAUUAGAUCAUCAAGCUGCCCAACGCGCUCUUGAUUUCAUGUUUGGUUGGUUUAUGGAGCCAUUGACAACAGGAGAGUAUCCACAAAGCAUGGUGUCUUUUGUAGGAAAUCGUUUACCGAAGUUCACUACAGAGCAAUCCAAGAUGCUUAUUGGAACAUUUGAUUUUAUUGGAAUCAAUUAUUAUACCUCCAAUUAUGCUGCCAAUAUACCAUAUUCAAAUAAUGACACAAGCAAACCUACCUAUUUCAAAGAUACUCACGUCAAUUUAACAACUGAGCGUAACGGGAUACCAAUUGGACCAAGGGCUGCUUCACCUUGGCUAUUUAUUUAUCCAAGGGGGAUUCAGGAACUACUAUUGUACACAAAGACAAAGUAUUACAAUCCUUUGAUUUACAUAACAGAAAAUGGUAUGGAUGAGAUCAAUGAUCCAACGCUAUCACUUGAAAAAUCGCUUAUGGAUACUUACAGAAUUGAUUACUAUUAUCGUCAUCUUUAUUAUAUUUCAUCUGCAAUCAAGCAUGGUGUGAAAGUGAAAGGAUAUUUUGCAUGGUCACUUUUGGACAACUUUGAAUGGAUGGCCGGAUUCACCAGGCGUUUUGGAAUUAACUUUGUUGAUUACAAGGAUAAUCUUAAAAGACACCAUAAGCACUCUGCCCAUUGGUUUAGGAAUUUUCUUAAAAAAGAUUAGAGUUACAGCUUUUGAUGUCAUGAGGAUUACUUUUCUACAUAAAUGACAAGGCCGGCACAAAACAUUUUGAAGCUCAAGACAAAUUAAAAAUUGAGACCCUUUGAAGAUGAAAAAAAAUAAUAAAAUAAGGUUUUAUAUGAAAGUCAAUAAUUUAUAUGAUCAUCAUAUGAUUUGAGGUCUUGUGUAGUAAAACAUUGA